AUGCCCAACAGGACCGCACUCGUCUCCGCCCUUCUCCUCCUCGGAUCCCUCACCGCUCUCGCAGGAAAAUGGCAGGACAUGCUCUGCGUCGCCAACUGCAGCGACCCAAACAUCGCCCACCACGAGCUCUACCGGCAGCCCGUCUGGCAAACGCUGCAGAUGUUCUUCGGAGAGAUGCUCUGCUUCCUGCCCUUCGCGUACGUGUGCUGCACCACCAGACGCCCGCGCAGCCCUCCCUCCGGAGAAGCCUCGCCAGCCGCCCGUGGUGGAGCCCAGAGCACACCGCCUCUGCAUGGCUGCCAUUUCCUUCUUCUCUGGCUUCCAGCCGCCUGUGACCUUUCUGGAACGACCCUCAUGUACGUCGGCCUCCUCUACACGCCCGUCUCCGUCUACCAGAUGUCCCGCGCCGCCCUCGUCCUCUUCGUCGCCGUCUUCUCCGUCCUCUUCCUCCACCGCAAGCUCGCUCCGUAUCAAUGGGUAGCGCUUGUCACCGUUAUGGCGGGUGUUGCCUUGGUCGGCCUCUGUAGUGCCAUCCAACAGCCCGUGCUCGCCGCGUCCCCUCCCAUGCGCCCUCAAUCCCCCGCCGUCCCCCUCGAGCACAAGGACACUGCGCUCGGGAUCACCCACUCGCUUCUCGGCGUCUUCUUCAUCCUCGGCGCGCAGGUCUUCACCGCGGCCCAGUUCGUAAUCGAGGAGAAGCUCCUCAGCCGCUACGCCGCCCCCGGCCUCGCCGUCGUCGCCUUCGAGGGCCUCUUCGGCUUCACCACCGUGCUCCUCCUCACGCCGCUGCUCGCCUCGUACGCCGCCGCGGCGCCAGAGCUCGACCUCGCGCUCGGCUGGCGGCAGCUCACCCAGACGCGCGCCGUGCUGCUCUCGGGCGCGCUCACCGCGUGCGCGAUGGCGCUCGUCAACUGGUGCGGCAUCAGCGUCACGCGCUACGUCGGCGCGACCGCGCGCAGCCUCGCGGACACGGCGCGCACGCUCGUCAUCUGGCUCGUCAGCCUCGCGCUCGGCUGGGAGGCGUUCGUCUGGCCCGUCUCGCUCCUCCAGCUCGCGGGGUUCGCGCUGCUCGUGUACGGGACUGUAAGCCGCUUUUUCCUCGUGCGCUCGGUGGUGGCCCUCUUUUACGACUUUGUACCCCCGCCGGCCUUCCUUCGCCCGCCGCACGCGCACUCCCCGAAGAUAGCACUGGCGACGCUCGCACGCCACGUGCACGCGGACGAGGACGAGAGCGCCGCACCGCUCCUCGCCGAGCCUGAGCCCGAGGACGCGGAGGCGGAACCGACGCACGUCCCCGUCGACCGCGGGGAGAGCGGGUUUGAGGCGCCGUUGCACGGGCGUGCGCACGAGUACGGGGACGCUUCGGUGUAA